UUUGGGUUGCCUAACUCCUGCGAAGGCGAAACCCCCUCGAACAAGCCCACAAUCUGAAAAAAAAAACGGUAUCAUGUCCCUGCUCCAUUCCCGUAUCGAUCGAGCAAAUCCGCGAAAAUAAAGCGAAAAUAGGGAGAGGCAGGGUCCGUCUCGUCUCCCCCGGUUCCGCGGCGCCGGCAAUUCCCCCGAGAUCCCGUCAGCCAUGGACGGGCUCCUGUCCAAGCUCCGCAGCCUGGACGCCUACCCCAAGGUGAACGAGGACUUCUACAGCCGCACCCUCUCCGGCGGCAUCAUCACGCUCGCCUCCUCCGUCGUCAUGCUCCUCCUCUUCGUCUCCGAGCUCCGGUUAUAUCUUCAUGCAGUUACAGAGACAACACUAAGGGUGGAUACCUCAAGGGGCGAACAACUUCGCAUAAAUUUUGAUGUCACCUUCCCAGCCCUUCAGUGUUCUAUAAUUAGCCUUGAUGCAAUGGACAUCAGUGGGCAAGAGCACCUUGAUGUGAAACAUGAUAUAUUCAAGCAACGAAUUGAUGCCCAUGGCAAUGUUAUUGCUACGAGACAAGAUGCUGUUGGUGGGAUGAAGAUGGAAAAGCCCUUACAACAUCAUGGCGGGCGGCUUGAACAUAAUGAAACCUAUUGUGGCUCUUGCUAUGGUGCACAAGAAUCUGAUGAUCAAUGUUGUAACACGUGUGAAGAUGUUCGGGAAGCAUACAGGAAAAAAGGUUGGGGUGUAUCGAAUCCAGAUCUGCUUGACCAGUGCAAAAGGGAGGGCUUCCUUCAAAGCAUAAAGGAUGAAGAAGGUGAAGGAUGCAAUAUUUAUGGUUUUAUUGAAGUUAACAAGGUUGCUGGGAAUUUCCACUUUGCUCCUGGGAAAAGCUUCCAGCAGUCAAAUGUGCAUGUGCACGACUUGCUUCCAUUCCAGAAGGACAGCUUCAAUGUUAGCCAUAAGAUAAAUAAGUUAAGUUUUGGUGAUUACUUUCCUGGUGUGGUUAAUCCCCUUGACGGGGCGCAGUGGGUGCAGCAUUCAUCAUAUGGAAUGUAUCAAUACUUCAUCAAGGUUGUUCCCACUGCCUACACUGACAUAAAUGAUCACAUCAUCCUCUCAAAUCAGUUCUCUGUGACGGAACAUUUUAGAAGUAGUGAAAGUGGUCGCAUACAAGCUCUUCCUGGCGUGUUUUUCUUUUAUGACCUUUCCCCAAUCAAGGUCACAUUCACAGAGCAACAUGUGUCAUUCUUGCACUUCUUAACCAAUGUUUGCGCAAUUGUUGGUGGUGUGUUCACGGUUUCUGGAAUCAUAGAUUCAUUUGUAUACCAUGGCCAGAGAGCAAUCAAGAAGAAGAUGGAAAUUGGCAAAUUCAACUGAGUUACUGAGUGUUGCCUUCCAAUUGCUGCCAAUAAUUCCAUCUUCAGGGCUUCCUUUGGGAGAACUCUAGCUGUGGUAAAGCAAGACGGCUCCAAGCUCUUGGUGCACUUGCAUAGUUUAGAAACACCUGCUCAUUGAAUAUCGCACGGUGUGCUUGCUUGCUUCCUGCAGAAGAUGCCAGGAAGCAAAAUGAUCAGCUUGUACACUUCGCUGUCAUUCCUCUCUGUCAAAUGAAACAUUCCAGAGGCACUCCAUUUUUGUACGCUGUAGUCUAACAGGAAAACAUUUUCUGUGAGAUGGUGUUUGUAUCAUUGUAAAUCUGUGUAAGGGGGCACAAGCCUCUUUGUAGGAUUUCUUUUUUGGGUUGCGAUUAUGUUAUUUGUAACAGAUUCUUUUUCUCAGAUGUUUGUAGACUUCACAGAUAUAAAGAGUAAAAAAAAUUGUAAAGACCAUUUCAAGGAAAGAAAGUUUUUCUUCUUUGGUUUUC